GUUGGUUUUCUUUGAAUCCCAUUGGCAAUUGUUCAACCACUUGAGUUCUGGUGUUUGACGAAUUUGCGCGCGUGGUUGCCGUUCGCUGUUUCACGAUUAACGCGGAACUUCCAAGUCUACAGCUAUUCGCGUAAGUGAGGAUGCUGUCUUGAACAAGUCACCAUGAAGGGCCCUUUUUCGCGCAUCCCCGCUAUGUUAUGGCCGCGGACUAGCAGCCUAUACACGCAAUUACCCUCACAUGGCCUCAGCGAAUAUGGCGCGCCUCACACGCCUUACACGGAUUCUUCGCCCUUGGGUUCGCCGCGGCUCACUUCGGCGUCAUGGCGAAAUCUCAAACGAACAACUUCACAAUCCAGACUCAGCAUGGGGUUACGGCGAAUUUCGACCAAGAGGAUUUUGGCCAUAUGCGCCUUCCUAUUUAUCGUACUUAUACUCAUUGUGAGAGGGAAGUAUCAGGAGCGACAGCGACGCAUUGAAGAAGAGGCGCGGGAGCGGGAGAAGCAAAGGAAUCCAUUUCCUUGGGCUAAUUUCACCAGAUUAGACGGCUUCUACUCAGGUAUACGCACACUGAUUAAAUACGACGAAUGUGUCCAGGAGCAGAACGCCAUACCGCACCUCGCUAUGAAGGUACAUCCAGCUCCCCCUCUCGAUCCAGUCAAGGUGGAUCCCUAUAUCAAGUCCUCUGAUCACCUCAAGGAGUACUACCCGGUGAGCCCCUGCUUCCUCGACGAAGAUGAGCAGGUGCCGGCGCCAGAUGUGUUCGCAUACCCCGGCAUACCCACCAACAUGACGGGACCAUAUUUUGGGUCCUACGAAGAGAUAGGCGUGAAGGCAGAUCGCUGCUGGGAGCGCUUCGGGCGAUUUGGACCAUACGGAUACAGCUACAACAAACCCGAGCGGGGGCUUGGUCUUUCAAAGAGUUCGGAAAGAUCUGGGGCAGACAAGGUGGAGGCCAUGUUUCGCAAGGUGGACUACACGCGAGUCAAUUGGGGCAAGGCACAAAAACGGUGCUUCGAGAAGAACAAGCAUCGGUUUGACUCGAAUGCGAAGCCGCCCAAAGAUCAAGACGAGAAAGGGGCCGCUAAGAAGAAGGCACUCCCGAGGAACGCAUACGUGCUGCGAACAUGGACAGGGUACGACUACUCCGACAUUCAAAUGUUGUCACUGCGAGCCAUGGUCAACGAGUUGUCCCUCAAGUCGGGCGGGGAGUACGACGUACACCUCCUGGUACAUGUCAAGGACACCACACUUCCCAUCUGGGCGUCAGAAGAAAUCUACCAACAAGUCCUCCAGAAGAAUGUGCCCGAAGAGUUCUGGGGCAUAACAACCCUGUGGUCAGAGCAGCAGAUGAAAACCUACUACCCUGGGCCGUAUCCCGCCAAGGACCAAUUCGAGAACCACUCCGGCCAAGACAUCUUUGGCGUCUACCGCUCAGCGCACUGGGCUCUCCAAUGGUUCGCACAGCAACAUCCCGAGUACGAGUUCUUCUGGAACUGGGAGAUGGACGUCCGCUAUCUGGGCCACUACUACGAAUUCCACAAUGGCGUUUCCUCGUGGGCUGACAAGCAGCCCCGUAAACUGCUCUGGGAGCGUAGUUCGCGCUGGUGGAUCCCGAGUCUACAUGGCUCUUACGAGGAUUUCUCCCGCAUCGUGGAGCGAGAAACGGCAGCCAGCGGUGCGAAGCCCAUUUGGGGCUCCGUUGAAUUCCCCACGGCCGGGUUAGGCAUGCUGCCCUCGCCUAAUGGCACUACACCGCCAACUCCGUUCGAAGAGGAUAACUACGACUGGGGCGUCUUCGAGCCCGCCGACCUCAUCACCUUCGACCCACUUUUCGAUCCUGCAACGUCAAGCUGGGGAUACCAGCUCGACGUGACGGGGUAUAAUCGCACGCUUGCGCCGCCGCCUCGCAGAGCAGCAAUCGUCACCAUCGCGCGCCUUUCGCGCCGCCUUCUCAAUAGCAUGCAUGAAGAGACCUGGCGCAUGCGGCAUACCAUGUUCCCCGAGAUGUGGCCCCCCAGCGUGGCUCUACACCACGGCAUGAAGGCUGUCUACGCGCCGCACCCGGUGUACUUUGAUCGAGUGUGGCCGCUCGAACACCUCGAUGGUGUGUUUAAUCAUCCCAAGCUGCCUGAGGGGUCGCCUUUUGGUGGCGGUGAGCAUAAUCACCAAGGGAGCAGCUUUUACUACAAUGCUGGGUUUAGCGGCGCUCUGUGGAGAAGGUGGCUCGGUGCUGUGGAGGCCGGGAAUGGGGGAUAUGAGUUUGAGGAGCCCGGAACGGGGAGGAUGUGUAUGAGGGGGUUGUUACAUCAUCCGAUUAAGUGGGAGAGGGUGGCUUAGAAGCAGCGAGUUUGGGGUAUUCACAUUGGCAUUUGGUGUUACGGCGUCGUGUGGGAAUUGGCCCGUGGCGGUUAGGUUUAGUAAUCAUAAUGCACUAUGACGAUCUCUUUUUGUGGCUACGCGGGUCGAUGGUAUGGUGCAAGGCAUAAUGUAUAUAUGGACUAAACAGGUGACUGCGAACAUGGUCGUAUAUUAGAUGAUGGCA